CGCCGAGGUCGACAAAAGCUCCGAUACGCCAGAGCUUGGAAAGCCCGACCCGCCUGGAAAAAUGGCGCCAACCCUGCAUCUAAAAAUGUUUUUUUUUCUCUUCGAGGUAUUUUCCUUCCACAGGCAUGACGAACGUUUACCAGAGCAGCCCAGAAGCACUUGCGGAAAAGGGGUUACACGAGCUGCGAAGACGCAGCCCAUGAAGUUCGCGCUUCCGGAUUCAACCACCUUCCCCCCCUUCUCUUUCUCCUUCUCUUCUCCCCUUCUUAUCGGACUGACCUUCUGGCGCAAAUCGGACAGUCGCGUCCGGUUCGUCCGUGAGACAUUCCACGUCGGUCUGCGGCAGGAGUUGGGCGCAGCAGAAUGCCAAGAACUUUGAUCAACAAACGUAACGGCUUGGCUGACUCGAAAAGUCGGAAUGUAACGAAUGCCCAAUGCCGGAUGCGGCCACGGCGCGGCAGGUGGAAGCUUGGCGAUAAAUCAGCGCAGGGACUGCCGAAGUGGCUGGCUGUCGAGGCAACGGGAGUGCGACACCAAAGCCUGGCCACACAGCCUGCAAUGCCUUUGGCAUUCGAGUUCCCCUUCCGUUGCUGACUAAUUAAUCGACACGUCCGACCCUCGAGACUUGAAUCGCAGUUCCUCUGUCGCCGCUCGCGCCAAGAGCCCUGUGUCCAGGCAUUAUGAGACGUCCAGAGUCUGGGCUCUUGGCUGUCGCGCUGGCAAGAGCGUUACC